AUGAGUGAAGAUCUUGAAUAUAUUAGAGGCAAAAAAAUAAUUGAGAUACUUGAGGGUUUAUUAGGUUAUGUUUAUUACAGAAAACCAAAAAAUAUUGUGGAGUCUAUAAUUGAAGAACUUAAAAAAUUAGAAAAAGAAAAAGAAAUAAAAAGAGUAUUUGAUGAGGAAGACAUAAUAGCUAUGUAUAAUUUCUUAAAUUUAGAAAACAACAAAUAUAUAACAAAGGAUAAAUGUAUUUUAGGAUUAAAUCAAUUCGUGUUAAAUAAUAAACAAAGAGAGUACAUGGAAAACAUAAAAAUAGCAAACGACGUUGACUUCGAAAUAUUCAAAUCUUAUGCAGAAAAAAUUAUGAAUAUAUAA